UCAUUUUAGUGCGAGUCAAAAAAUAAAAAAGUUAUAUCUAAUAAAAAACAGAAGUUUAUUAUAAAAAACAGACGUUGAUUAUAAAAAAAAAUACAUAAUGCAGGAUUUUGAGGCGAAGCGGAACGCCUUGUUCGCUUGUCUCGACAAUGCAAGCAAAGAGCUAACCGGAACAGCGCUAGACCAAAGCCAUUCGGCCAGCCCCGCAAUUGAUUUAGUUUACCGCCGCGGCAUUCGUCCAAACAGAAAAAGAGGGGCUCCAUCUUCUGAUAAGAGCUUAUCUCGAAUGCGUGGCAAAGAGAGUAUAUUCAAGAAACCCGAAAUGCCACUAUCGAAAUGUUUAAAGCCUCGCAGGACGCCAGAUUUUAAGGUUAAUCCACAAAAGUGGACCAAGUACUCCCUGGCAGAUGUGGAUAUCUCAGAUCACACCAACACUGCCGCAGCUUUUCAGUUCUUAAAGCAAAUGGACGAGCAGCUGGAAGCGCGUGCAGAAAAAGAGGGAAAUUUCGAGGAAGGCAAGUUAAAAAUCGAGUUUAAGAGGUCUAGUAAAAUAAGAAAACAAAUGAAAGCUAAAGAAGAUGAUGAACUAAAAGAUGUGGAGGUGGAUAAACCUAGGCUAAAAGGUUCCAAGGUUGUGAUGCCAGAAUAUGUUGUUGGACAGCAAAGAGAAUCAAAGAAAAAGCAUAAAGUAGCUACAGAGAAUAAGGUACGUGCUGCUGGUACCUUAAAGCUUGAACAUCUACAAGAGGAAGAUGAAGAGCCAGAAGAGGAUUAAAGUUAUAAAAUUUGAAUUAUUAUUUAAAUUUAAAAAUCUAAGUUGCAAAUACAUACUUUCUUUAGAUUAAAGUACACAUAUCGCACACUGUCUUCAAAAGAGUCACAACUCAAAAUAAUACGUUGGACAGAAAAUGCGAAAAACUAUUUCCUAGCACAAGCUAA